AUGGACUUUCUGCAACCUAUUAUCGGCGCACUGAACUCAACGAUGACCAUAUCCGACUACGCUUCCACCCCAAUCACCCUGGAAAGACUCGGCCUAUCGCUUCUCCGCCUUGCACCGCUAGCCAUCUCUUCCGGCUCCCUCAUGUGCGCCUGGGAUCAGCAGAAUGCAUUCCGUUCCUUCCUCGCGCCGCAAAUCUUAGCCAAGCCUGGCCACCUCUCUGCGCAUGUCGUCGUGGACUGGUUUGCCGAGUUCGCAAAGCCAACGAAAUGGGUCAUCAUGUUGUCGUACCCGCUGGCACUCAUCAUCGCCUUCAUCAAUGCCUUCAGCGCCGCGGGCGCGGGCCUUCACCCUCAGACCAAGACCUUCUACGCCGCUGGCGGGGUGCUGUCUAUCCUGCACUUUUACUUCGGCGGCUAUUCGAUGAUGUGGAAUGCGCGCAUUUCGAGCAAGCUCAAUAUUGGUAAAGCGAAUGAGGAUGCUUUGAGGGGAUGGCUGGGAAAUAAUUAUACGCGUAUGCUCUGCGUCAAUGUGCCGGCUUGGGUCAUGUUUCUCUGCGCUACGGCUACGUUCAUCAAACUUUGA